CUUGAAGGCCGCUCGUAGAACAGAUAGAUAGAUAGAUAGAUAGACGAGUAGUUGAAUGUUGGCUGAUUGUCGCCCAAUGAAAAGUAAAUGUGACUGUUCUAAAGUGAAAUAUUUUCAUUGGAUAAUAUUUCGUAGGUAGUGUAUAGUGUAUCGAUAUUUAAGACGUAAUUAGGUGGUUCAUUUCUUUACUUGGAAGGGUUGAGCUUGAGCGAAGCCAACUUGGUGAGUCAUUGUGUUUGAACAAUCUUAAGUGAUGAAACCAAUGUAUUGUUGUGUGGACAAGGUGUAAUAGUUGUGUACACAUGUUGUCAUCAGGAUGGUGGUCGGAAUGCCUAUGUGAACAAGUUAUAUAGAGUCGUUAAAGUUAUCUGCAUAGCCUGAUUGGAAAAUAUUUACGGCUAGUUGGUAGUUCGAUGAUAAUAAGCAGUAAUUACUAUUGUCACUACUACCACUAUUAUUAUCAUUAUUAUUAUUAUUGUUAUUUUUACUGUUUGUAUUUUGAUUAUCAUGGACAAAGUUUGAAACUGGACUCAGUUAUUUCUCCCCUUUGGCUGUAUUUAUGUUGGCCAUUAUCCGACGAGAAUUUUUCAUAAUUUUCCAUGGGUGUGCAACGACUAGGUGUUGAUAGGUUUUCGUCUGGCCUGUAGAUAGGUGAAGAAGCAGGUACGUUGUUUCGAGGGACGCGUAGAGCAGUAUGGGUUUGGUAGUGACCAUGAGAAUGUGGAAGGGAAAAGAGGAGGAGAAAAAGGUGAGGUGAUGACUUAGCAAGUAAGUACACAGGAUGUACUUACAUUUAAUGAUAAGAGAUAACUGACAAACUUUAGAGCUGGACAACGAAGAAGUGAGGCGGUCUAGAAAUGGAAACUGGAAGGCGAAUGAGUAAGAUUUCGAAUGUGUUACAAGUGAACAUCAUUAGUAUUUACAUGUUUUAAUAAUGGCUUCUUCGGGAGUAGGAAUGUUAAAUAUUUGAUAUUAGUGUGCGUUACUCAAUCAAUCAGUAUCAACAUAGGACCAGGCAUUACUGCGGUCCGAGUUGCCGCAGCUCAGUACAGUACAUCAAGUAGAAAGGUAGUGAGGUGAAGCAUGAAGAUAAGAGAAUGAAGUCAAAAGCAAUAUAAAGUCCGAGAAGAAAGGAAAGAGGAGUGACAAAAUGGUGAGAUUCAGUAUAGAGUCGUUAAGAUGAGGAUAAUGUGAGUGGGGAUGCAUCUGCGCCAUUGACAUUGGUUCUGAGCCAUAUGAUCACCUAGAGUCUCCAACCUCUGGUCCCUCUUGUCCCACGGACCCGAACCACCUAGUCUGCAUCGCCCUACAUGGCCCAAACCAACAGUCAGAGACUUCAUACAUUGGUACCAUGUUUUAGUCUGGCCACCUCGCAUAUUUUUCCAGCCUGGGCCUACUUCUCUCAACACUAUGUGACGAGGCAAUCGGCGACUAGGCAUACGUAGUACGUGUCCCAACCAUCUCAAUCGAUGAAGGUUCAUAACCUCAUCAACUGAUUUACCUCUACUCCUGACUUCUGCAUUACUCACUCACAUGGUGACACCACGGAAGACGGCGGCCUAUACUACGAAGGCAGUGAUGGUCAAACACUUGAAGCCUUCUCAUAUCUUCCAUUUUCAGUGGCCAUGUUUCACAGCCAUACAGCAGAACAGACCGGAUUGCUGUGCAGUACACGCGACCCUUAACAGACAAUCGGAUAUCACGGCAGCGCCAUAAGUGGCGUAAAUUGGCAAAAGCCAACCGAGCCUUUUGUGCGUUACUGAGACUAAUCUGUUGGUAAACAGUGGAUAGGCAUGCGUGUAGCUAGUAGGAUAAUCAAGUGUCAGUUUGUAAUGUAAGAAACUGGAAUGAUCUACCGGUUGGUUCUCUGGUAUGCCUCCUUCGUCUGUAUACUCUUCUUUUACUGGAUAUUUGUUGAGUUAUUCCAAAUAUUAUUGCAUGAAUAGUUACCACCAGGGGGUUACACGAGUGUUCUGAGCAGCUUUGUGUAUAUACAAGAUACUUAAUUUUAUUCAGUAUGCUUCCUCAGUUGCAUAGCAAGAUAUUGCACUGAAUAAUAGUCGUGAACAUCGAGUUGUUAGUGAUUUAUUUAGAUUUGAUAGAUAAAAUGAUUCGGGAUUGUCAACUAUGCUUUUCUCAUCAGCCUCUGUGGCCCCACUGACGUUAACUGGUAAGUUGUAAUCUGGAUGAUGAGGAAAUUAAAUUGACAAUAGAUAAGAGUGACUACUGAUAGGCAAUGAUGUCUGUGCUUCUGCUAAUCCAGAAAACAGGUAAUAAAGCACUAGGGAGGAGGAAACACUGAAGUACUAGGAAGGUCAAAAGUUUAAAUAAGGUGACAGUGACUUCUUGUGAACAAAAUCACCUUCAUCCAAGUUGUCAUUCAUCUAUUUAUUUUCAGAUUUGAUUGGUUCACUCGGUUUUGAACGUCUAUUUCUAGUGGUAAACUCAUUCGACUAAGAGAACUGUACAUGUAUGCUAAAUUCGGUCGGAAAUAACUGGUGUGCAUGCAGCUGAAGGGAUGUAUACAAGUAAUUGGAGCAGAAAACUCAACAUUCAUUCGUUCACUAGGCUAUUCAGCUGUACUUCGUAGGGGUAUGUUGGUUGUGUUACUAUUACGUAGCGUUUGGCCAACCCUACUUAACUCGAUGUGCUGUAGUACCUGCUUAAUAAGUACCUUAUCUAACAUGUAAGUACUAAUAAGGAAAGGCAAAUCAAAAGAACUGGUAUUCAGGAAUAUGUUCGAAGAAGGAAUAUAUUUAAUUAGAAUAAGUGUAAUAGAUAUGAAUAGGGGAAUUUGUUUAUUCGACUUAUCUGGCUAGUAUAGCUAAACUAGGGACUCUGAGUGCGUGUGCGUGUGCGUGUGCAUGUGCGUAUUAACCAGCACAAAGAGGGCGCAGAAUGGCGUCGAAGCCUGCUGGGAUGUAUGCUUGUUAAAAUAAAACUUUUGCUGACUUCCCGUCACCUUGUGAAUUUAGUGCUUACAUGAGAUUUUUAAGCAGACGUUUAGUAAGAGUCAUACUAUCCCACCCAAAUGUAGGAGUGAGAACCCCAACGAACCAGAGUAGAAUCCAGGGUAUAGCCGGUUAGCAUUGAAUAGAGAUCAGUUAACAAUAAGAUCUAAUCAACAGUGUUACACCGUACUUAGAAAAGCAUCCUCAGUGGUGAAGUUAACGUUAAUGAAUGAGAUAAAGUGUACAAUAAUUCAAACAAGCGUAGAUAAAUAAUAGUCUCAUAUUAUAUUAAACUUCAUUUGUGAAAUAAAUUAUACUUGCCAAAAUCGUUUGGUUCAAUGCAUUCUGAGAAACCUACAUCAUAAUGAACUGAGUAGUAUCGACAACUCUAAUUGUCAUUAUUACCUUGACUCAGGUUAUCACUUUAGCGUCAGAAAUACCCUUCAAAGGCACUAAUAAACAGCGUAAAUUUAUCACACUUCGGCUUGCAUAAGCUAUCUCAACUAAGAGGUUAGAUUGUGACCUUUGUUUUGAGAAUGAUGCAAGAGUUAACUACCUUGACACAAUUUUCAUUCUUACUUCCCCUUCAUCCUGGCAACUAUUGAAACAAUUAAUUUAGUGUCUUUAUUUUGUCUAAACAGAUGGGUUUUUUAUGAAGUAAAGAAACCUAAUUGACUUUUUGUUUCAAUAGUUGUUAAGGUUACUUUUAGAGUCACUUCGUAGAGAAUGUAGAGGUGUUAAUCGUUGAAACUAGUCAAAAGCAGUUGCUUCUCACGUAUAGAUGAGAAGAGAUGGCUGCAGACAGCUUAGUAAUGUGUACUCUAACGUGUGUUAAAUCUUUAUCCACAAAAAUUAUUUGUCAUAAGUGGAGGUCCAAAUUCAUUUGAAGCAAACAAAUGAGAAAUACUGAAUUCAUGAGUUGAUAUCAACUUUUGUCUGACUGUAUAAUGUCCCGAGACUUACUUAUUUUUUUAGGAAUACUUGAAUAUUUAUAUUGGGGUUGAUAGAAAGAAUUAAUCUGCAUAAAUUGAAAAAACCAAAUAAACCGUCUCUGGGAACUGCUAUGAAAACAAUACCAUCGUUGCAGUCAUAUGUAAUGGAUAUGAGAGAGAACAACGCAAAUUAUGUUCCAGAUGUUAGUCAAACUGGGAAUGCUAUUGGACAGGAGGAAGAAGUUUCUCACCUUCUGAUGCAUAUCACCAAUGAAAUGGACAAUUUGACUGUAGAACCAUCGUACUUUUGCUUAGAUACUGAAGAUGAAGUCUAUUUCAGUAUGUAUGAUUAAAAAUUGGACGAUUGAUCAUAGAUUUUUGCUGAUGAUUAUUGGUAUUAUUAUCGAGUUAUUUUCAUGAGAAUAAACAAGUUGAUUAUUUCUAC